CUUCCUUCCCCGAUCACCUGCCGAGCUCGGAAGGCAGCGAUCCCCAGCAGAAAGUUCAGCCAUGCAAGCAGCGCGCGGGCAGCUCGGAGAGUAGCUCAGGGGCUUUUGACUCAGCAAAAAAAAAAUCCCACAAGGGGAGAGGGGGGCUUCCUUGAGCCUGGUUUCUUUGGGCAGAUACGAUCCCCCUCACAGCGGAUCCCAAUGCAACUGUCCGUCUGCCUCCUCCUCUACGUUGUAGUCUGUGCAAACUUUUGCAGCCGUCAGGGCACCACUGCCCAGAGCGGAUCUAUAAAAGCCUUGCGAUCCUCUAAUCUCAGGCGAGAUGAGAGCAAUCACCUCACAGACUUGUACCGAAAAGAAGAAGUCAUCAGUGUCGGAGGAAAUGGCUGCAUCCAUAGUCCCCGCUUCCCGAGUAGCUACCCCAGGAACCUGUUACUGACAUGGAGGCUGCUCUCAACAGAGAAUACAAGGAUACAGCUGGCCUUCGAUAAUCAGUUUGGUCUGGAGGAGCCAGAAAAUGAUAUCUGCAGGUAUGACUUUGUGGAGGUGGAAGAUCUAUCUGAAACCAGCACGGUUAUCCGAGGACGGUGGUGUGGUCACAAGGAAGUUCCUCCAAGAAUAACAUCCAAAACAAACCAAAUAAAGAUAACCUUCAAAUCUGAUGACUACUUCGUGGCUAAACCUGGAUUCAAGAUAUAUUAUUCCCUUGUGACAAUGGGACAACGUAACAAUGGCAGAAGUUGCGCUGGUGGAGGAGGCACAGAGCUGAGUGUUGAUGAUAUGCAGCCUGCAGCAUCAGAAACCAACUGGGAGUCAGUCACAAGCUCUGUCUCAGGGGUAUCCUAUCCCUCUCCAUCAGUGACCGACCCUACCCUCACUGCGGAAGCGCUAGACCAGACCGUCGCUGGAUUUGACACUGUGGAAGAGCUGCUCAAGCACUUGAAUCCAGAAUCGUGGCAGGAAGAUCUUGAAAAUCUGUACACAGACACCGAACAUCAAUAUAGAGGCAGGAGCUACCAUGACAGAAAGUCUAAGGUUGACCUGGACAGAUUGAAUGAUGAUGUGAAACGUUACAGCUGCACUCCAAGGAACUACUCUGUCAAUUUAAGGGAGGAACUGAAGCUGACAAAUGUAGUUUUCUUUCCUCGUUGCUUCCUGGUCCAGCGCUGUGGAGGGAAUUGUGGCUGUGGAACAGUGAAUUGGAGAUCUUGCACGUGCACAGCAGGGAAAACAGUGAAAAAAUAUCACGAGGUGCUGAAAUUCAUCCCUGAGUCAGGCCAUCCUAGGAGGAAGGGCAGACCCAAGAACAACAUGGCCAUAGUGGAUAUUCAACUGGAGCAUCAUGAGCGUUGUGAUUGUCUUUGCAGCUCAAGACCACCUCGAUAAAAACAGAACAAAGCACACAACUUACAGCUCAAAGGACCUUUUAUUUUAAACAGGAGCUGUCAGAGGACAUUCUUCCACUGAUAAGCAAACUUUGCUAAUAGCCUGCAUUGCAAUGAGCAAAAAUGAAUGCUGAGUUUCAGCAUAGCUAUAUCGAUUAGUGCCAUGGCAGCUAAAAAGAUAUAUCGUAGAUUGUGUAUUAGCAUCCAAGAAUGUAGAUUUAGGUUUAGCAAUAUAUUCAGCCAGUUGAGGUUUUCUCAGUUGACUAUAAGAUAUAACAACAUAAUUCCCACUAAAUCGUGUAGCUAAAUCCCUGGAUGGCCGUUCCACUGAGAUAUCUGAGUUAACCUUAUAUAUCUCUAGCUUUAUCUCUAUCUCUGGCUAUGUCUAGACUGCCACUUUUUUUCAGAAAAAGGUACGCAAAUUGCUCACUGUAAUUUGUGUACAGUUUUCUGAUUGGUCUACAUGGGGCCAAAUUUCGGAAAAACUUUCUCUUUCAGAAGAGCCCUUAUUCCUCAUAAAAUGAGGAAUACAGGGCUUCCAAAAGAGCGUGUCUGCUCUUCAACAAAAAAUGUUGGAAGGGUAGACAUGUUCCCUGGAUGUGGCGGAGUUUUUCCGGGAUGCCUCUGGUAUCCCAAAAAAACUUCCUAGUCUAGACAUAACCUCUUUGAUGCAUCCACAUCCAAAUUCUACCCUCACUUAUAACUCCCCAACUCUAUUGAAGUCAGUUGGUUUACACGAGUGCAAAUGAGGACUAAAUUUGAUCCAGUAUUCAUAAAGAAUGGUUAAUCCAGUUUAAUCUAGCUUCGAGGUGGAAAACCUCCUUGCUUCUUGGAAACAUACACACACAUACACAAAUAGAAAACAACAUGCCAUAUACUUAAUGUGAA